AUGGUCAAGGCUAUCGCUGUUCUUAAAGGUGACUCUUCCGUCGCUGGUGUCAUCACUUUCACUCAAGAGAAAGACGGUGCUCCCGUAACUGUCUCCGGUGACAUCAAAAACCUUGACGCUAACGCUGAGCGAGGAUUCCACGUCCACGAAUUCGGAGACAACUCUAACGGAUGUACCUCCGCUGGUCCUCACUUCAACCCUCACGGCAAAACCCACGGUGGUCCCGAGGCCGAGGAGAGACACGUUGGUGAUCUCGGUAACGUCAAAUCUGACGGUUCCGGUACUGCCGCCGUCAGCAUUACAGACAAAUCCAUCUCCCUUUUCGGCCCUUACUCUAUCAUUGGCCGAACCGUCGUCGUACACGAGGGUACCGAUGACUUCGGUAAAGGUGGUCACCCUGACUCUCUUAAGACUGGUAACGCCGGUGGUCGAGCUGCCUGUGGUGUCAUGUGA